UGGCUCCACAUUUGCACCAGCCCGCCUCCGGUGCUGAAAGUGCGCUGGUGGCAUCGACGCAGCCAACUCAAGCCCCAGGAAAGUUGCGCCCAUUGAGAAGAAGCAAAUUCCCCUUUAAAAUACACCCAGCUGCUGCACUGUGAUAACCAGCUUGCACUUCAUUUCUGCUGUUUGUAACUCGAUAAAGUCACUCAGGCUCACCAGCACAGAGCUCGGGUUAGUUUACGCCGCGGGUCAGAUGUCGUGCACGCUGGUGGGCGCGACGGGGGUCCGGAUCUCCCUCGCAGACGGACGGGCUGUGAUCCUGGGUCGGGGUCCAGACACCGGGGUCACCGACAAGAAAUGCUCCAGGCACCAGGUGAAGCUGGUGGCGUGUUUUGCAGACCAGGAUGUUCUUGUCACACAGUUGGGUCCCAACCCCAGUUCCCUGGAUGGCGAGAAGCUGGGCCGGGGCCAGUCAGGUAAACUCGCCCAUGGAGGCACCCUCUACCUGGUGAACCAGAGCCACCCAUUUACACUGCGCUACUCCCUGAGUGCCAAUGGAACAGCCUCUGGCACGGCACACAAAGGGCUGAAAGCCACUGACAAGACAAAAGGAGGAAGUCACAGCAGGGAGAAGGAGGCACAGUCGAGUCCGGGACCGAAACGCAGUAUAAAAGAUUUCUUCUCUGUCUCUCCUAUGAAGCCAUCUAAGAGGCCACGCAGCCCAGAGAAGGGGGAGCCUGAGGAGAAGCGCCAAAGGAGAAAUGAGACGGGCCUGGACAGACGGGUGAAGAAAGAGGAGGCGGAGGAUGAGGACAAAGAGGAGAGACUGGCAGAGGAAAAGCUGAGGCAGCUGCAGCAAAUGGCCGAGAAGGCUACAGCAGGGAGCAGCACCCAGCCUUCAUCAUCCUCUGCAUCGUCUUCAUCAGAAUGUCUAAAGAGCAACUGGCAGCAGAUUGGCAACUUGAUGCUCUACACUGCUGCUGGGGUCAAGGGAAGCAACAAGGUUGCCGGGUUUGACAUAGACGGCUGCAUCAUCACUACCAAGUCUGGCAAAGUGUUCCCCACUGCACCAGAUGACUGGAAGAUUCUGUUCCCUGAGAUUCAGCCCAGGUUGAGCAGCUUGCUGAAGAAAGGAUACAAGGUGGUGUUCUUCACUAACCAGAUGGGGAUCGCUAAAGGAAAACUGCGACCUGAAGUCUUCAAGUCUAAAGUGGAGGACAUCCUCAGCACACUGCAGCUGCCUGUGCAGGUUUUUGUUGCAGCCGGUCCAGGUGUCUACAGGAAGCCAGUGAUGGGGAUGUGGAAUCACUUGUGUGAGAAGGCUAACGGCGGAGUGACGGUUGACAAGACUCAGAGUUUUUAUGUAGGAGAUGCUGCAGGUAGGCCGGUGAACUGGGCACCAGGGCAGAAGAAAAAGGAUUUCUCCUGCAGUGAUCGGCUGUUUGCGCUGAACAUCGGGUUGCAGUUCCACACCCCAGAGGAGUACUUCUUAGGCUGGAAGAGCGCCCCCUACAGCCUGCCUGAAUUUGACCCUAGGCGGCUUGAUACCAAAGCCAGGCUGUACGACCCGCCCACCGCCUCCCUCACCUCCAGCAAGACGGAAGUCAUCGUCGCUGUGGGUUUCCCUGCAUCUGGUAAAUCCACCUUCUUCCACAGCCACAUCAUCCCAAAGGGAUACACGUAUGUCAACAGGGACACACUCGGCUCGUGGCAGAGCUGUGUGUCAGCAUGUGAGCGAGCUCUGAAGGAAGGCCGCAGCGUCGCCGUGGACAACACCAACCCAGAUCCUGAGUCUCGCAAACGAUAUGUAGAUGUGGCCAAAGCAGCCGGAGUGUCCUGUCGCUGUUUCCACUUCUCAGCUUCUCUGGAGCAGGCAAAGCACAACAACAGGUUCCGUGAGAUGGCUCCUUCAGACACCAAACACGCCAAGGUCAAUGAUAUGGUCUUCCACAGCUACAAGAAACACUUUGUGGCUCCAGAUCGUUCUGAAGGUUUCUCCGAGAUCCUCCAGAUCCACUUUGUCCCUAACUUCAAAGACAGCCAAUCAGAAGCCCUGUUCAGACAGUUUUCAGAGGGCUGAUCGAACAGCUGGCGCUCUGGCAGCUUUUCUGACCUGCUGCUGGCACAGAAAAGAUCACACAUCACAGCCAAUACAGGAACCAAACAGUGGGAUCCAACCAACAACCAAGACACCAAGCAGACUUAGGUUAAUCGGUUUAGACUGAUCUAUUUUUCUAUCCAAAUUGGACUGUCUGUUGUAGGGGCUCAUCAUGAAUAUCGGUGCUGUCCUGCCUGCAUUUCCUUGCUCCCGUGCAUACGACUAAUGGGACUUUGACAACACACAUUUGAAUGGCACUAAAUCAGGUUCCUUCCACUGAAACAAUGUUGAGUCAAACCCUCCAGUGUACUGAUAUGAAUGACCAGGUUUAUUUAAACAGAA